UUUCAUAGCCCCUCCUUCCACUAAAGAUCAAGCCAUAAUCAAAUUCUGUGGCCAUAAAAGCUGCUCUUUUCGCUUUGGUUUGCUUUAUUCGCAGAUACUCUAGAAGAAAGAGUAUUUCAGCUGCAAACACUGAGUGAAAGGUAUGUCUGCCACGUCAGAUUAUCCGGAGAUCGUGCCGAAGAGUGCACCUGAGGCUAGGGGAAUAGAUUUUUGUGGUACUGAACACAGCCUCUACAUUAUCCGUUCUGAUGUGGGUGUCUAUAUGAAGUGCGAAGAUAUCCACGCUGGAAAAGAUAUCAAGAUUCNCCGUCUAAGUGAGGCCUGUCGAUGGGGUGAUUACUACUUGGCCACUGAUUCCUACUUCUACAUCAUCAAAGGAAAUGAGUAUCGCAGAGUCACUGACCUGAGUAGCGACGACGACGCUGUGGUUUACUCUCUCCAUCGCAACUGUCGCGGAGGAAGCGGCUACUACUCUGCCUUUGGUAAAUAUUACAUCGUUUUUGCCAACAAAGGCACCUACCGACGAGUGAGUAACAUGAACAAAGAUGAAGACCCUGUGGAAUAUAAAAUCAACCAAGCGUUCCAAGAUGGCAUCUACUUCUGGGGUACCAAUGACUAUGUCUACUGUUUGAAACAGGCUGGAAAAUGGGGUGUAACCUAUCACAAAAGCACCAACAUGAAUUUGAACAAGGAUGAGGCCAGCUUCAGCGUUCGCGAGUCAGUGCUCAAGUUUAUCCCUGGUGGCAUAGCGCACACCCAUGGAAAAGUGCUUGGGUUCUGGAAAGAUAUUAAACGUCUGCAAAACGACUCCAAUAUUGCCGUUCAAUGGGAAAAAACCAUCAAGAAAACCGUUGGAUUUGACAGGAGCACCAUGUCCACCAUCGAGUUCGAAUGGUCUAUCGAGAUGGGAAUAAGCGAAGAAGUAGGGAUCGAAGCCCAACUCUCAGAAUUGAUUAAGGCCCUCUGUAAAGUUCAGAUCAGCCUCAAAGAAAAGUAUGGUGGAAACAAGGUCAACACUGAGCAGUUCAAAUGGAGUGACAGCACUGAAGAAGACGAAACUUUUAGGCUAAAAAUCCCCCCAAAUACCAAGCUGUACGUUUGGCAGUUUCAACUGGGGUUUGGAAAGAACAAGAAUCUCUUCAGCCGUGAUACUGCGAUCACUUACGAUAAAACACCACCUGAGGAGCCAUCAGAUUACUAUUUACAUUAACCACUAUAUGGCAGGUCGGGCUGAAUCGGCACCUGUCCUAAGAGUGUUUUGAAUGGUGUGACACAAUAAUAAUAAGAACCGUGAGUGCUAGAAUUAACUCUGCGUGACUUUUUAGAAAUAUCUUAUCACUUUCACUUACUCAUUGUCUAGUAUAUACUACGCUUUAUUUAGAAGCAACCAAUACUGCUUUAAAGAUGCAAGAAAUCAAAUUUAAUCUGUUAGCUAAAGUCGAUCGAUUUUUUGGGUGUACAUGAGUGUUUUUUUGUUUAUUUGUUUGUUUUUGAGUGUCUUAUUUACUCUUUAAUCAAGAGAUGCUUUAAUUGAAUAUUGGAAAGAUUACCAGUACUGUGAAUAUACAUCACCUGUCUAAACAGAUAUCAAAGUGCAUUUAAGUGUGAAACAAGUGCACCAAGGUCUGAAUUUUUACUAAGUGAGUUUCUCUUGAGUGAAAAUAAGUGUGUUUUGAGUGGGACUUGGAUACAAUCAACUGAAGAAAAAGUUGUAACUGGCAAUAUAAACAUGCCCUAAGUAGACAAAAAAUCGCGCAGAUGUCUGCUUUCCUAACUUUAACUGAAUGUAAAAAAGCCUGCGGAGUGAUUAAAAAUGUAACACAAA